AUGGUCAAACUGUUGAAGGGGAUUUGGUAUAGUAAUGAAACCCGGGACGCACGGCAGCUCAGUCAGACACGCUCAGAGCUGAAUAACAAGAGGCUGAGGGUACUGGAGACCUCUGAGGCACAGACACAGAGCAGGACAGCUGGCACACAGUGAGGUGGCACAUAUCGCCAAAGGGCUCAUGGGAAAAAUAAGCAGAGGGGCUUAAAGGGUCUUGAACUUAAGGCUAAAGGUUGAAGUGAAGAUGACCGAGCGCUAUGACUGUCACUACUGUAAGGAGUCUCUGUUUGGGAAUAAAUAUGUUCUGCGUGAGGACAACCCAUACUGUGUGAAGUGCUAUGAAAGUCUGUACUCCAACACCUGUGAGGAAUGCAAGAAACCCAUCGGCUGCAACAGCAGGGAUCUGUCCUACAAAGACCGUCACUGGCAUGAAGACUGUUUCCACUGCUUCCAGUGCAAGCGUUCACUGGUGGACAAGCCUUUCUCCACCAAAGAUGAGCAGCUGCUGUGCACCGAGUGUUAUUCGAACGAGUAUUCAUCUAAAUGCCAUGCAUGCAAGAAGACCAUCAUGCCUGGCUCCAGGAAGAUGGAACAUAAAGGAAACAGCUGGCAUGAAACCUGCUUCAGCUGCCAGCGCUGCCAACAGCCAAUUGGCACCAAGAGCUUCAUCCCUAAAGACAACAAUAACUACUGCGUGCCGUGUUACGAAAAGCAGUUUGCCAUGCAGUGUGUUCAUUGCAAGAAGCCAAUCACCACCGGAGGUGUGACCUAUCAUGACCAGCCAUGGCACAAGGACUGUUUCUUGUGUACUGGCUGUAAGCAGCAGCUGUCUGGUCAGCGCUUCACCUCCCGUGAUGACUUCGCUUACUGUCUCAACUGCUUCUGUAACUUGUAUGCCAAAAAAUGUGCCUCAUGCACCACCCCCAUCAGUGGACUUGGGGGAAGCAAGUACAUCUCGUUUGAGGAACGCCAGUGGCACAAUGACUGUUUCAACUGUAAGAAGUGCUCAGUGUCUCUGGUGGGCAGAGGUUUUCUAACCGAGAGAGAUGACAUCCUGUGUCCUGACUGUGGCAAAGACAUAUAAACCAGUAGUCUACAACAUGAAGGCACACGUGGUGUUGCUUAACCAAAGCGAAAAGCAUAAAUACAGCAUGAGAGUGACGAAUACAUGAAAAUAUAGCGAAUAUUUUGCUAGCAAAAUGUUUAAUAGUCUAUCAAUAUAGGAAGUGGCAGAUUAUCUUUGUUUUAGUAGAGUUAUAUGAGCUGGUGAAGACUGAAAAGAAAUUAUUAUAGAGAUUCAAUUGAAAUUGUAUUAUGUGUUAUAUAGCAUACAGUAUGUCUUAACUUAAAAAUAGUUGUUUGUUAUGCAUCCAGUUAUUGAUUAAUUCUAAAUAACUUGAAUAUAACCAAUAGUAACCAAUAUCAUUAAAGAUUAUUGAAACAAAUUGA